AUGACGUCAAUAUCUGAUCUUCCAGGGGAUUUACUAGGUGAGAUACUCUCCAAGGUUGUAUUAACAUCUCUGAGGGCGGUACGAUUAACUUGCAAAAGGUGGAACAGUUUAUCUAAAUAUCAUAUUUUUGGUAAAGAAGCAACAAGGAAUCAGUUUUUGGGGUUCAUGAUGAUAGAUUAUAAGGUUUGCUCCAUGAGACUUGAUUUCCAAGGAAACAACUUGGUGUAUUCAUCUAUAAAGCAAGUAAGUUUACCUGAUCAAGUCCAGAUAUCUAUAUCUGAAAUUUUCCACUGUGGCGGUUUAUUGUUGUGCGUUGCAAAGUACCACUCGAGACUCUUGGUAUGGAACCCGUACUUGGGUCAAACUAGGUGGGUCUUUUCUAGAACUGGAACUGAUUUCCACAUAGGGGACAAUUAUUCUCUCGGACACGACAACAACAACAACCACCUUAACCAUAAAAUCUUGAAGGUUUUCAACGGAUGUGAUGAUACUACCAAGAAACACUUUUAUGGGUUCGAAAUCUACGAUCUUAACUCUAACUCAUGGAGGCUUCUUGAUGUCAAAACCAAAUGGGAUCUAGACUGGAUGAUACAAUGCCGCGUGAUUUUGAAAGGAAAUACUUAUUUUCUUGCCCAAGACCCAAAGAGAUUGAUAGAUAAUUUUUUACUCUGUUUUGAUUUUACACAAGAGAGAUUUGGACCGCCUCUUACUCUCCCGUUUAGCAGUAGUGGUAUGUACUCUUCCACUCUAUCUUGUACUAGAGAAGACCAGCUUGCUGUCUUACAUCAGCGCCUGAAACCAGGUCGGUAUACACUGUUUGAAAUUUGGGUUACAACUAAGAUCGAGACCAAAGCACUGUCCUGGAGCAAACUUUUUAAAGUGGCAAUUGAUUCACCAGUGGCUCUAGCUUCAUCUGGUUUUCCGAGUUGCUUUAACACCGGGAGCUUCUUCUUUGACGAGGAGAAGAAAGUCGCUGUGGUUACUGAUCUAUAUGGAUAUGUGAAACCCCAGCACUUUCGAAAGGCUUACAUCAUUUCCAAUGAUGGAUGCUUCAAAUGUUUGAAUAUCGGACAAGUUCUGAAUCUCCCGAUACCUGACGUAUUGGAACAAGACGACUCCCUUCCUCUUUAUAUGCGAGGAGUUCAACGUCAGGACCCCACUUGGCUUCUCUUCUUAUUUAUGUUCCAAGUUUUAGUGCAAGUGCAACUACCCAUAAAAUAA